AACAUGUCUGAUGACCCCGACGACGAGACACCUGGAAAACCUUCAACUGCCGAUGAUACACAAGUGCAGAUUAAGGGGGACGAUGACCAAGUCCGGAUCAAGGAAGAGGAGACGGAAGAAGAGCCCGAAGUGGAUAAAAGUGUACGUGAGGAAGAGUCAAAGGAUAUUUACGACUUUUUCAAGAGUCACAGGUGGCUCUACCAAUUAGGUAGCGACGAUGAUUUUUCAAUAAUCCGCCGGUCCGAAAAACAACCGGAGACGAUUUAUGUGUACAUGACUAUUCCGCCUGAUGGGGGUUGGGGCUGGGUGAUUGUUGUGGUGUCUUUCAUUUGCAAUGCUACUAUUGAUGGAAUAUGUUUGACAUAUGGCAGGCUAAUUCCUGAUCUGACUAAGGAUAUGAAUAUAGAUGUCAGCAAAGCGAUAACGAUAAGCUCGCUAAUGAAUGGUAUGUAUUUCCUAGUGGGCCCUGUCGUAAGUGCAAUUGCAAAUAAAGUAGGUUUUCGACCCGUUGCGAUGGUUGGAGGCGUUAUAUGUGCUGUUUCUGUGUUUGGUGGGUCUUAUUGCAGGACCUGGUUGGGACUUACAGUAUGCUACGGGUUCAUUGCCGGUUGGGGUUUUGGUAUGGUUAUGGCUCCUGCAACUAUUAUUGUCGGCUAUUAUUUUGAGAAAUAUAGAGCGCUUGUAACUGGAAUUGCAAUUUGCGGAUCUGGAGUUGGUACAUUGAUAUUUUCACCGAUUUAUGGCGACUUUGUGGAUCGUUAUGGGUGGAGAAAUACUCUCAGGCUUCAAGCUGCUUUCUGCCUGCUUGUUGCUAUCCUGGCUUUUUUAUUUCGGCCUUUGCUACCGGUCCGUGUUGCACAAAUCAAAGAACCAGAGCCAGGAACACCAUCAGAUGUAGAAAGUGAACAAUCCGUCGAGUUGGAUUUUGCGAGUUAUUCAAAGUUCUUUCCAACGAUACACCCUAGCUCGCACCAAGAUAAUGCAUCUAUAAGGACGAAUGCUACGCCUGUUAUCGAACCAAAUGCGCCAAUCGUUCAACAUUUAAAAAGAUAUGAUCCGCAUAGCAGACGACGCCUCGAGAAUUUUUGUCUUGCAUGUUGGUGGAAAAUUUUUUGUCGAAAAAGGCUUAAAAUUCAAAAGCCUAUUAUGGAGAUCAGCCGCCGGGAUUUGAACUUAGUCAUUGAAUCAAGACCGCUGUUCCGCAGGGAUAUUUUUUAUCCAGGAAGCCUCGGUAAUUUACCAGAAUUCCAACAAAAUCAGGAUUUGACACUAUCAAUAAUGCGUCCACUUCCGCAACAGGAAGAUCAGACUGCUCGUAUUACUUACAACGUUUCAAUGAUGCAUCCCAAUACAUUGAAAAGGCCUAAAAAGAGGCCUCUCCACAUUCCGCCAGUUAUCCUGCAAGGACUUACACUGUUGUUCGAUGUCCGACUGUUUGCAUUUGGAACAUUUCAGCUGUUGGUUCUUUCAUGUUUUUUCUUCGUGGUUGGUGCAAACAUUCCUUAUAUGUUCGUUACAAGUCGUGGGGACGAAAAUGGAAUAGAUUCAAAGUUGACGAAUUGGUUCAUUUCACUGAUUGGCGUGUCCAAUACGAUUUUUCGGCUAGUAGCGGGCCUUGUCUCAUUUUUGCCCAAGUUUGAUUCAUCAUAUUUGAGUGCAAUAGUUUUACUAAUUUCUGGAUUUCUCACAUUUGUCAGUGGAUUUGUUGGACAAGCAAAUGUUACGUUUCAGCUUAUUUACUGUGUAAUAUUUGGAAGUGGAUCAGCCUUCUUCAACACACUCAAACAAGUGAUUUUCGUACGAUGCCUUGGUCUGGACAACCUAACAAAUGCUUUUGGGAUAAGUUCGUUGAUUAUGGGGAUCGCAACGUUGAUCGGGAUGCCCAUUGGCGGUAUCCUGAGAGAUGCAACGGGAAAUGCCGACGCCACCUUCAUGUAUGGUGGCCUUUCAAUUAUUCUAUCUGGUGUCUUACAGGCUCUCGUUCCAUUAUGUCUGAAGCAUCAACAAGCAAAACAUGCCCGCAAACAGAGGGAAGCAAAAAAAUUGGCAGCAGAAAAGAGAAAGAAGGAGCACGUGAAAUGACAUUUUAUUGUUGUGCAGUUGGAUUGCAUAAAUUUCAUUGCAACAGUGUAUGUUUAUUUUAUUUGAUUAGACUUUAUUUUAUUGAACGAAAGAUCGACUGUAACAUUUUAAGUGGAAGCUAUGUUUUUUUUUCUUGAAAUUGCUGAGAAAAUCGAAUUAUAAUCAAUGCUUAACUGGA